AUGCCUACACCUGACCCAAGAAUUGAGAAUUUGUUGGAGGUUGCUGGCUUUGCCGAGGUUGCGAAAAUAAGACAUUUUAAAAUCGAUGAUUGUUUGAUAACGUCUUUGGUGGAGAGGUGGAGACCUGAGACACAUACUUUUCACUUCCCAGUUGGUGAGUGCACGGUGACUUUGGAAGAUGUGGCACUACAAUUGGGUUUAAGGAUUGACGGCAAACCAGUAACAGGACCAACUUUGUUUGACUGGGAUGAAUUAUGUUACGAGUUGUUAGGCUUCGUACCUCCAAAAGGGGAAGCUCUAGUUGGCUCAACCAUAAAACUCAAAUGGUUAAGAGACCAUACAAUUGCACUACCAGAUGAACCCACUCAACAACAAUUGCUUCAACAUUGUCGAGCAUAUAUCUUAGGGUUGAUCGGUGGUGUCAUUAUGUCAGACAAGUCAG